AUGUUGAACCCGCUCAAGGCCAACUCGCGCGUCCUUCGGAGGGCCUCCGUCCGGAGACUGGCUCAGCCGUCCGUCUCCGUCAUCUCCAAUCCCAUCCGGAGUGCGGGAAGCCUCUCGCAACGGCCCAAUUCGGGAUUUGUCUCGUUCCCCGGCGCUCUCAAGAGCUCCUUCACCAGCUCGCUCAAGUUCGAGACGCCCCAAUCAUACACAGCCCUGCCGACGUACAGAGUCGUGGACCAGAAUGGCCAAGUGGUUGACCCCUCCUUCAGCCCCGACAUCAGCGAUGAGGCCGUCAUCAAGCUGUACAAGGAUAUGCUCUUCAUCUCCAUCAUGGAUCUCAUCAUGUUCGAUGCUCAGAGACAGGGCCGACUAAGCUUUUACAUGGUCAGCGCCGGCGAGGAGGCCGUGAGCGUUGGCACCUCGAGUGUGCUGGACAGAGACGAUCCCGUCUUCUGCCAGUACCGAGAGCAGGGCCUGUUCAAGGAGAGGGGCUUCACGACGGAGCAAUUCAUGUCACAGCUGUUUGCCAACAAAAACGACAACGGCCGGGGCAGGAACAUGCCCAUCCACUAUGGAUGCAAGCCGUUGAAUAUUCACACCGUCUCCUCACCAUUGGCUACACAGCUUCCGCAGGCUUCGGGGGCGGCUUAUGCCUUGAAGCUGCAGAGACUACAAGACCCCAGCUCGAAGCCUCGUGUAGCGGCAGUCUUUUUCGGAGAGGGAGCCGCCAGCGAAGGUGAUUUCCAUGCCGCCUUGAACAUUGCCGCCACACGCUCUUGUCCUGUGGUCUUCAUCUGCCGCAACAACGGAUUUGCCAUUUCCACACCCACCCUCGAUCAGUACCGAGGAGACGGCAUUGCAAGCAGAGGAAUUGGCUAUGGAAUUGACACCAUUCGAAUUGACGGAAACGACAUCUGGGCGGUCAGAGAGGCCACAAAGAAGGCACGAGAAAUGGCACUGCAGGACGGUGGCAAGCCGGUGCUUAUUGAAGCCAUGACCUACCGUGUCUCCCACCACAGUACCUCCGACGACUCGUUUGCAUACCGAGCCCGUGUCGAGGUCGAGGACUGGAAGCGACGGGAUAACCCCAUCACUCGACUGAGGAAGUGGAUGGAGGCCAAAGGAUGCUGGGACGAGGCCAAGGAAAAGGAGGCCCGAGACAGCCUGAGGAAGGAAAUCCUCAAGGGAUUCAGCGAAGCAGAGCGAGAGAAGAAGCCGCCCAUUGGCUCCAUGUUUGAGGACGUUUAUGAAAGCCUUACACCCGACCUCAAGGAGCAGAUGGGACAGCUCAAGGAAUUGCUAGAGACAUACCCCGAGGAGUAUGAUGUUGCCUCGUACGAGGGCGGAGUAGACGGUUUGAAUGUUCCAAAGGACAAUUAA